AGCAAAUUCAGUUCAUUCAAAUCCUCAAAGUGUUUGUGUAACACUUGUCCUUUUGCCGCACUUAAGAUUACCAAAGAGAGAACCUGAGACACACACACACACACACACAGAGAAAGCAAGUGAUGGCUAGCAGCAGCAUGGCAUCAGCAGCUUCUGGGUUUGUGUUGUCACUUAAUGUUGCAGCUGGCACCACAACUUCAUCACCUUCCAAGCUCAUCUUCCCUACUAAGAUCAACGGUUCUAGGCUUGUUGUAAGGGCAUCAGAUGAGGCUGCACCUGCCACUGCCACUCCUCCUGCUGAAGGUGAAGCUCCCAAACCCAAGCCACCACCAAUUGGCCCCAAGAGAGGUGCUAAGGUGAAGAUUCUUAGGAAGGAAUCCUAUUGGUACAAAGGAACAGGUUCAGUUGUUGCUGUUGAUCAGGAUCCCAAGACUCGCUACCCUGUCGUGGUUCGAUUCAACAAAGUCAACUAUGCCAAUGUAUCAACAAACAACUAUGCUUUGGAUGAGAUCGAGGAAGUUGAAUAAGUCCAAUUUAAUUUUAAUUUUGACUCUUGUCAUGUUAUUGCAGUUAUUAGUCUAAGGUUUUUUAUGUGAAAAAAAAAAAUGUAUCAUAUUCUCUCUAAUCUCUAUAAACUACAUUCUGUGUGCAGUUGCUCAUAAUCUUCAACUUCCCUUACUUCUUAUUUUAUUUGAAAUCAGUGAUUAGGCAUGUUA